AUGAAGAGGACGCUCCUGCUCGCAGGUCGUAUAGCCACCGUUCACGGCAGCCCGCAGCAGCAGCAGGGGGCGGCCACGGGCGGCUCGACGGUGGACGAGGAGGAAGUGCAGCGGCUGUCGGAGAGCGCGCGGCUGCGGUGGUGGGACCCCGAGGGAGAGAUGAAGCCCCUCCACCGCAUGAACCCCAAGCGGGUGGCCUACCUCCGCACAUGCCUCACCAAGCGCCUCGGUCUCCCUCCGCUCGCACCGCAGCCCUUCACCGGCCUUCGCUUCCUCGACGUCGGCUGUGGCCCUGGCCUCCUGACCGAGUCGCUGGCGCGGUUGGGUGGGGAGGUGCUGGGUGUGGAUGCGUCGGCAGCCAACAUACAGACGGCGAUCAAGCACUCGUCGGGGGAUUCCUCGCUGUCGACUCUGGCUUAUCGUCAUGGCACGGCUGAGGGUCUGGCAGCAGAAGGACAGCAGUUUGACGUGGUGAGCAGCCUCGAGGUGAUCGAACAUGUCAACAACCCCGAGCUCUUCAUCAACUCCCUCAGCGGUCUGGUCAAGCCGGGCGGUAGCCUGUUUCUGUCUACCAUCAACCGAACGAUGAAAUCCUACGCGCUCGCCAUUGUAGGCGCUGAGUAUAUCCUGGGCUGGGUGCCACCGGGCACGCAUCAGUGGAACAAAUUCGUGCAGCCCACGGAGCUGGGCGUUCUUCUGCAACGAGCGGGCAUGAACUUGGAGGAGCUGACGGGGCUCGCCUACCAGCCGUGGAACGGGUCGUGGUCAUUCACCACCGACACCUCGGUCAACUAUCUGCUGUGGGCCACCAAGCCCCUCGCCCAAUAG